CUCUGCAUGCUGAGAGAAACAGUUUCAAAAUUAGACAGUAGCCAUGUAGUUUAUGAUCCGAGGUGAAAAACAAACCAGAAGUUAUAACCAUUCAAACUCCCUAUAGAAACAUUACUUUCAGGCACUCUGUAGAUGUGAGCUCAUGAUUUACACAGUAUCUUCACAUGUGUAGUCCAAAACGCAUUAACAUUACGAACAAUUCUCACUGAUCGUUACUGAUUUUGUUAAAUAUACCUGAAUAUCUUCUCACACAUAUAUAAUCUAAGCCUGAGAGCUACUGAGAAUAAGUGUAUUUAGUUUUGAUUUGGGUUAUAUAGAAUAUGAUCUGAAGUCAUCAGGAGAUCUGCCUUUUAAUUUCAGUGGCUGUGGACUGGAAUACUCAAGUACAAUUUUGUAAAGGUUAAUAUAUGUAAAUCCUUUUCCAUUUCUUUCUGCAGGAGCGUUUUUUUGUGGUGGCUUAAUUUCAAAUUCCUCUGGGAUGCUGGAGAGUCCAUUCUACCCUGGACAUUAUCCAAGCAAUGCUGAUUGUGUGUGGGAAAUAAACGUAGAGAACAAUUUCCGUGUUGUGCUCACAUUUAGAGAUAUUGUGAUGCAAAGCAGCACGCAAAGAAACAGAUGCCAGCAUGACUACGUUGAAGUCUAUGACGGGCCUCUACAUUCUUCUCCUCUUCUUGGGAAAAUUUGUGCUGGUUCCCUUCGCACGUACACAUCAUCUUCAAACCUGAUGACUGUUCGGUUUCAUAGUGAUUCUAGAUACACAUUUAGAGGGUUUCAGGCCCACUACUCUUCCAUUCCAGCAGAUCACAACACCACCCUCUUGUGCUUGCCGGAUUACAUGCAUGCAGUGGUUAGCAGAGACUAUCUCCAGUCACAAGGCUACUCUGUGCAGAGUGUCACCAUGAGUGAUACUCACUGUAGACCAACAGUCACGUCAUGGGAAGUUAUAUUCAACGUUCCCUACAACGGCUGUGGGACAGUACGACAGGAAAACAAUGAUACGAUCAACUAUUCCAACAUGAUCAAAGCUACCUCUUCUGGUCACAUAAUCAAGAGGAAAAAAGAUCUUCAUUUACACAUCAGUUGCAAAAUGCUCCAGAGCACAUGGAUGCAAGUAAUGUAUGUUGCUGAGGAUAUUGCAGAUGUGAAUGAAAAUCAGUUUGGAAGAUAUGAUGUGAACAUAACAUUUUAUGAUUCAGCAUCGUUCUCGCAGCCAGUGUAUGACUCUCCAUACUACAUUGACUUGAACCAAAAUUUGUUCCUUCAAGCUUCUCUUCACAGCUCUGACAAAGAUCUUAUGUUGUUUGUGGACUCAUGUGUGGCAUCACCAGAUCCUCAUGAUUUUAACACUCUCACCUAUGAUAUAAUCAAGAGUGGAUGUGUUAGAGAUUCCUCCUUUGCCACAUUUUACUCCCCCUACAGCCACCUUGCUCGUUUCAAAUUUAAUGCCUUUGAGUUUAUUAACCGCCACACGUCAGUCUAUUUGAAGUGUGAACUGGACGUGUGUAGGCAAAGAGACUAUUCCUCUCGCUGCUACCAAGGCUGUAUUAGUAGGUCCAAGAGAGACACAAGUUCUGCCCAGGAAACAGUGGAUGUUGUUGUUGGACCAGUUCAACUUCGAGAAGGUGGUGCUGAGAGCAGGAGUGCUGGGCUGGACUCUUCUGCUGCUCCUCUCCAGGCGGUUCGCGCUGCUGCUGACAAUCCACUCAUUGCUGCUGUCGCAGUCCUGGCAGUUGUCGUUUUCAUUCUUGCCGGUUUUCUUUUGAGACCUGCACUGAAGAAACCGCUUUCAUAUAGGAUAGCGUGAAAUCAAAAGUCAGCAUCAUCUGCUACAUGAUUACAGGACAAACCACAAAUUCCCGGCUGCCCAAAUAUUUCAUGGACAACAGGCACAUAAUUGCCGUUUGUAAGAAGCUGUGAUAUCUUUAUCUACAGUAAAUCCUAACCUAUUACCAUGUUUUAAAAUUUGUAAUCCUAACACCUCUUAGACAAUUAUGAAAUAAUUUCAACAUUCAUUUCACAAGCUGUUUGGUGCAAUCAUUUUUCUCCUUUGCAAUUCUCUUCUCAUCCUUCUAGGACCAUUUAUUUAAUACCUCAAAAUUUUGUGAGAUAGAAGAAAAAUAUGCAUAAGGCAUGAAUAAAUAUUUCAAGGUUUAUUAGAAGGGAGAAAAAUUGCAUUUUGGGAGAAGUAAUCAGUCAUGACUGGAAAGGAAUUAUAAAAAGGGAUCUUACCAUGUCAGCUGGAGUUGUGACUACAAAAUAUUUGUAAUUGAAACAAUAAUAGGUCUGUGAUUAUUUAUAAAAUGCAGAAAUUUCCAAGCUAAAGUAAUCUGUUACAUGAGCAAUGUAAUUUAAAAUCAAAGGAAGGAAUAUUUACAAACCAAUAUUUCUAUUCUGUGUUUCAAAUUAA